AUGGAGGACCCUGUGAUCCGCAUACACCACCACCACCCCUCCCCCCACCCCCACUACACCCAUGUGCUGGGCCUCAACAACGUCACCCACUUGGAGGUUGGACCCCACACCUAUAUCCAGCAGGAUGAUGAGAGGGGUGGAUUUCAUCCCCAGGCACAUGGUGAUGGUGCCCCCCGGCACUACUGUGUAGUGGUCACCCCUGUGGCCUGGAGCCCUAUGGGGGCCAUGCUGGUCGAUGGAGUGGGGCAGGCCUGUCUGCAGCACGCCGACCUUGAUAUCCGCCUGGCCCAGGAGCCCUACCCCCUGUACCCCGGAGAGGAGAUCCAGCAGGGCAUCACCCCACUGCAGGCGGUUCUGGCUGAUGCUGCCCUGCACCUGCGGGCCCUGCUUGACUUCAAGGAUGAGCAUGGGAACAAGUUCAUGGCAGGAGACAAGUGGCUCUUGGAGGGUCCUGGCAUCUGCAUUCCCCACAAGGAGGUGGAGGUGGCCAAGACGCUGCAGGCCACUGUCAUUGGGCACAACCAGCCCAUCUGCCUGCGAGCAUGUGAGGAGUGCCUGGACUGCGACGGCACCUGCCACAUCACAGGUGAGGAGUGGCUGAUGAAACAGGUGGAUGCCUACCCUGCCUGGUGUCUCUGA